GCAGUGUGACAGUACACACAGACCGUGUCCAGCCAGGGCGACUCCGCCAGCAUCCCGCCACACUGGCUGCAACUGUUGAUCUCAGAACAUCUCCACUAGUCUAUAGCAGAGCUACCACCACUAGUGUGUAUAUAUAUGCUGCUCACCUCUAAUGGCAUUAAUAGUCUGAGCUAGCUGCCAUCAUCAGUUCACAUCAUGGAGACCAUCACUACUGCCCUACUCUGUGCAGCACUACUCAUCUGUCUGCCUCAACACAAUCCUGCUGCAGCAGCAAGCCUAGAGUGUCACUGCACUGGCUGCAAGGACACUACCUACUGCACCGUACAGGAUGGUGCUUGCUUCACAUCAUCAACUGUUUCCAAUCAUUUAAUCACGGGUUGUCUGCCUGCGAGUCUAGCAUCACUAAUGUGCGACCAAUCAGAUUCAAGCGUUCAGUGUUGCCAUAACAACCAUUGUAACCUAGUCAGAAGUGCUGGAAAUCAACGAUUCUUAAGAAAUGAAGAAGAAGCCACUGAAAUGCCUGACAACGCUAUUCUAUUGGGUGUUGUAAUUGGGGUGGUUGUCGUAGGUACUAUUGUAAUUGCAUCUCUAGUAGUGGCCGCCCUCUGUUGUAUCUUAUACCGGAGGCAAAAAAGAAAGACACAACAUCCUGUUUCCACCAUUGAAGCCACACCCACUCCCGAGGUCCGCUGUACGGCACACACUAACAACAACUGUCGUGCCAUUCUUCCACAGAGUGAGAGUAUAGGAUCACUCAUAAAGGCGGCCAUGUUUUAUGGUGAUCCCUUGUCACCGCUUGUCCAACGCUCUAUAGCACAACAGACAAUGCUAGAGAAGUACCUGACAAAGGGAGGGUUUAGUAGUCGAUAUAUUGGGCGAUGGCGGGAGGACAGAGUGGCUGUAACCGUGUUCCCUGUCAAGCAUCAACACUUCUGGACUAAUGAGUCUACCAUACUGCAGCUUCCACUGAUGAGACAUGACAGUAUAUUGAGCUUCAUUGCUGCAGACACUGUAUUCAAGAAAUCAGUUAACUAUCUCUACCUCAUUAGUGAGUAUCACCCCAGGGGCACCCUCAGGGAGCACCUCGUUAAAAGCACACUGGAGAUAUCAGAGGCUCUGCUGUUGAUUAGCUCUCUUGUGUCUGGAGUGGAGUACUUGCACAGUGUGCUAGCUCAGGAGAGCAGAGGUGGGGUGGUGGUGAAGCCAUCCAUUGCACACUGCAACCUAACCAGUCAAAAUGUCUACGUGGACAAGUCAGGUUCAUGUUGUCUGAGUGACUUUGCCUUGUCAGUGACUCAGAGUGGGUGUGUCAGUGGGUGUGGUCACACUGCCCACUCAGACAUGAGAUACCGCCCACCAGAAGCAUUAGCCGCUACUACUACUGACGCUGGGUUCGAGGGUUUAAAGAGUGGAGACGUGUACUCCCUCGGACUCAUACUAUGGGAGGUGGCCAAUUGCUGCCUAGUGCAAGGUGAGGACAGUGUGCACUCUCUACCGUACUCUGACCUCUUGGACUCUGAAGCCACACCUACUAGAGACAAUAUGAUGAGAAUAGUUUGUGAGGAGGGAAAGAGACCGCCUCUACCAGAGCAAUGCUCUAGAGAUGAGAACAUACGACUGGUUCUGGCCACCAUUGACGAGUGCUGGAGCUCUUCUCCCUCACAAAGACCAACCACACAACAACUCAAGGAGACACUGCAAACAACGCUAUUACCAACCAUUAAAUGGCAAGUAUCAGUUGACAAGAAUGGACAAACAGUGUAUAAGCAAAUGACUUCCUAGGAAUUAUGACAAACUCUUGUACAUAAUAACAACAAGGGGUGCUGCAAAUAUCAUCAUCGUUUUUUACUGCUUUUUGUGUCAGAAUCAUUCAAUUAUUUUUGUCCCCGCAUCAAUAUUACAUUUCACUACACUAUAAUUACAAGUGUAAAAACAAAA